CUGCAAAUCAAUGAACCCGACUGGGAGACGACAAGGACGCGGACUGGUCGACCGAAGUUUGGAUCAUUUACGGAGGGGUUUCAUUAAAAACCGGACAGUUGAUGACAGGGACAUGUAUACAGCAAGUAUGGACAAAAGCCUUUUUUCGUCUCCUUUAGCGGACUAGAGAGGACGUAUUUUUUAAACAACAGUAUUCAACUCUCAAGUUGAGUUUGAUGCAUUUUUGCUAACUUAACGUUAAAAGCAACUCCUUGUUCAGAUUGAGAAUGAUUUUUGCUAAUACCGGAAACCCACUAAGGACUCCGUAUCGCAAACAGCCACCUGUUGCCCCAUUGUCACACCCCAUGGCUCCACCCAGCCCAAGCACCAACAACAACAGCAGCAGCAGCAGUUCGGGAGGCUGGGAACCUCUCAGCAAAACAAACCUCUACAUCCGAGGCUUGUCCCCUUCAACCACAGACCAUGACCUGGUCAAGCUCUGUCAGCCGUACGGCAAAAUAGUAUCAACAAAAGCCAUCCUGGACAAAACUACAAACAAGUGCAAAGGAUAUGGUUUUGUGGACUUCGAUAGUCCUGCUGCAGCCCAGAAAGCCGUGGCUGCUCUGAAGACCUCUGGUGUCCAGGUACAGAUGGCCAAGCAACAAGAACAGGACCCAACAAACCUUUACAUCUCCAACUUGCCUCUGUCUAUGGACGAGCAGGAGCUGGAGAAUAUGUUGAAGCAUUUUGGCCAGAUUAUAUCCACGCGCAUUUUGAGGGACCCCAGCGGAGUCAGCAGAGGCGUGGGCUUUGCAAGGAUGGAGUCAACUGAAAAAUGUGAAGCAGUGAUCUCUCACUUUAAUGGCAAGUUCAUCAAAACACCUGCAUGUGCUCCAGGGCCAUCUGAACCGCUUCUGUGCAAGUUUGCUGAUGGAGGACAAAAAAAGAGACAAAACCAUCAUAAAUUUGGCCAGAAUGGUCGGGCCUGGGGAAGGGACAUGGAUUCCAGAUUGGCUGGAAUGACGCUGACCUAUGACCCCAGCACAGCUGCUAUGCAAAAUGGAUUUUUUCCAGCUCCAUACAGCAUUUCUAGCAGGAUGAUAGCUCAAACAUCUAUGUCUCCUUACAUGUCUCCAGUUUCAACAUAUCAGGUGCAGAACCCUUCCUGGAUGUCCCAUCAGCCCUACAUCAUGCAGCACCCUGGUGCAGUGAUAUCGCCAUCUAUAGAUCCAUCUGUGUCACUGCAGCCUCCUUCGAUGAUGGCCCCUCUCACUCAGCAGAUGAGUCACCUGUCUCUGGGUGGUUCAGGAACGUUCAUGGCCGCCAACACAGCUAUGCAAGGCGCCUAUAUCCCGCAGUACGCACACAUGCAGACAGCAGUUGUCCCCGCUGAGGAAAAUGGUGUCCAGACUCAAGUGGACUCAUCCGGGAAUCACUCUCCUUAUGCCUACCAGCAGACUAAGUAAUGGCUUGGUAACAUUUGGACAACAACAAAAACAAUCAUAUCUAUAAAUCCAGCGGACGCUAAGUAACAUGAACUGUUUUUCGCGUUUCGUUAAAUUAGACUUUUUUUUCUGGUAUGAUUUCAGAGUUUAUCUGAGAUCAUCAAAUGAUUCAUAUUCUAUUGAACAAGAGUUUUAUUUUCAUACAAGAACAUGUAUUUUUUUUAUUGGGGUUUCCUACAGGACACAAAAUAAUCUUGUGGCCACUUCUGCAAAGUCCAGGGUUGUAAAUAUGUUGCUUUUUCUUUUCCAUUUUUCCUUUUUUUUUUUCUGCCGUACAUUUUGAAAAGGUUUUGUGCUUGCUGUGUGAGUGUUAAGCUGAAGUGUUCAGUGUUGUUUUCUCUUUAAACUAGCUUCUCAUUGAAAUUGCCUACAUAGCUUUGACGCAACUGCCGAGAGUGAAAAGGAGCAGUAAAUGUGGAGGGAUCAACAGCACAAACGACAAAAUAAAAAUGUAAAAAAAAUGUGCUCUUCCCACCUAAUACCAAUAGGAAAGUAGAAAAAUCUCUGAACAAAUGGCUUGAAUCAACUGACUCUGUGUAAUUAUUUUAUUGAAAUUAAUAUUUAUUUUUUUUAGCUUAGGCCUUACAAUAGGAUGGAUGUUGAAAUUCUCCUGAUAAAUCACAUUUUCCCAUCUGUUUUUAAAUCAUAGUAUUUUAGGGUAGUUUAAAUUAAACUCAGCAGGGUAAGGACUUUGGAUAGAACAAAUUUAUUAGGAUUGUUUUGGGGUUUUUUCAGGUGAUAUUAAUUGGUAAUUUGAUGGAGUGUGUAUGGUUUUCUUUUUUUUUUUUUACUGAGAAUAACUCGGAUGAAAACACAAGACAUGUGAUUGUGGAAAAACAAUCAAAGCCUUAUGAAAUACCACUAAACAUCAGUUGGCUGAGUAUAAAAUUAGAUUUAUAACACCUUGCUUUUUGUUAGGAAACAAACUUGGCACUUUUAAGUUGUGUUUUCUUCAACCGGAGACUGUAAUAUUUGUCUCUUCAACCAGGGUUUAAGGGAAUCAACAAACUAGAAUUUGGACAUUGUGCCUUUCAUUAUAUUUAGUUUUCUUUGAUGUUAGAUCUUAGACCAUUAUGAACACAAAAACAUGUUAUUGUGCCAGUGCCACAAAUAACUUUCAUUUCAAAAGUAAAUAGAAAAUGCUUCAUUACAAUUAAAAAAAGGGUCAAAUGAAAAUAAAUACAACAUUGUGCUUAAAACGAAAUGGUUGGAUUUAAGUGAGUAUUCUGCUUUAAGUUUUGCCCUCAAAGCCUGUGAUUUGAGGUAGUCACCAUCCAGACCAGUUAUCUACCUCAGAGUUUGCUUUUUUCCUCUGCAUUCGGUCGGGUUAGCAGGUCCAGCCCGUCCUUCCAGACCAAACGCCACACUCAGGAGCUGGCUGCAUACCGUUUUUUACUUUUUCCUCAGUUAUUUUUGUAUGAUGAUGCACUUUUUUUUGAUGAAAUUGCCACUGCCACAAUUUUUGAGUACCCUCGGUGUGUCUCAGAAUUUAAUGAGUAUGUAAUGUGUGUUUGUUUUAGCAAUACUUCAAAAUCCGACAAACAUGAGUACUUUUUUGUGCAACUUUUAAUCUUUCUGUUAAUCUUCAUAAAUCAGGAAAUAACUAAUGGAAAGUAGCUACUCUAAACGUUCCCAAGUCCAUAGACAGAGAAAUAAGACGUUUAUAAUGACGGGAACUAUGAAAAACAAAGGUGAUAAUGUUCCAAAACCUCACAGGUUGGGAAGUGCAGCAGAGAAUCAUCUUGAGGUCACUAAGUGUCCAAAACAAAAAUGCAUUUUAAGGCUUUUGUAAGCAUCUUUAUUAUAGCCGCCUGCUAUUUUGGAGGGCACUAGAAAUCAUUUUACACCAACAGAAAAGGCAUUGUGGUGGUGAAAAAAAUCAUAACUUAAGUCCUCAAAGGUGCAUUUUUGCCUGUAAUUUGCUAGGAUCUGAAACAAAUGCGAAGGGCCAACUAUUGUUAUACUUGAGAUUUCUAUGUAAUGCCUGAGACUGAUGAGUAAUACUGUCUUAGUGAGGUUAAUGCUGCUAGUGGUGUCUGAACCAAGUGCCAUAGUCUGGGUCAAAAGCUAAAGAGGUGCUUAAGGGAAAAAAAGCUCAUAUUACUUGCCACCACAUUGAACAUUCAUUAAGUUAUAUGAAAUUGUUCUAACUUAUGAAGAGUUUUGUACAGACAGAUUGAGGAAAUAUGAGAUUUUCAUAGAGCUGUAAAAAUGUUGCUUUUUUAAUUGUGCCACUAUUACCAAAGGUAACAUGUAUGUACAGUUCAAUGAAUUUCUUUCUGUUUUUGUGUUUGAGUUUGUUAAAGACUAAAAGAUUUUUUUCUCCUCUACUAGAUUUGUUUCAAGGUUUAUUCUGUUCACAUUUUUGAAUAAAAAAAACAAAUUUG